AUAAGAAAAUAUCCCUCCUUUGAGCCAUUUUUUGUUCAUCUUCAAUACAAAAAGAAGAUACACCAGCCAUGGCCUCAAAAGAUAAUACCUCAUUCGAUGAUGGGUUGUCCCUCGUCGAUUUGCAAACUUUCAACCAAGUGCUUGGGGGAUUACUUCAUUUCCUAUGAUUCCAACACUAUGGAAAAUCAGUUAGAAGAGAAGAUGGUUGAGAAACAGCUUCAAAAGCUAAAAGAAGACGUGAUGAACAUGUUUGUGACAGCGGAUAAGUGUUCGGAAAAAUUAAGGUGGUGGAAGCAAUUGAAUUUAAUAGAAAUACCAUCUUUCGCAAGAGAUCGGGCAGUGGAGAGCUACUUUUGGGCGUUGGGAGUGUACUAUGAACCCAACUACUCGGUUGGUAGAAUGAUAUUAGCCAAAAUUAUUGCUCUAAUAGCGAUUCUGGAUGAUAUGUACGAUGUAUAUGCUACAUUGGAUGAACUUUACCUAUUCACAGACGCAAUUCAAAGGUGGGAUAUCAACUGCGUGGAGAAGCUCCCAGAGUACAUGAAGAUGUUUUAUGAAGUGAUAUUAAGAACCUACUAAGAGUUUGAGUAAGAUAAUGAGCAAGGACAUCAUUAAAGAUGGUAUUCAUUAUGCAAAA